AACCGGACAAUAUUUUGCCUACGGAUGGGCCGUGUGAGUAUCUUGGUACAUUGAUCUCUUGCGCGUCUAGAGCAGUGGCUCUCAAUCUGUUAAGCAAGUUCAGAUACAUGUUAAUAUUCUAUCAAGGUGUCCAGGUAGUACAGUCAUUGUUCCCCGCCGUAAGGGCAUAUUACGCAAUUUGUGCAUAAAGCUUGCUUAGUACUGGGCUACUACCUAGCACUUAAAUAUUCCCCAUCAUCUGGACACGAUCUUCUCACUCUAUAUUUGCAAGGCAAGCUGAAUUUUGAGAAAGCCAGUGAAGUAAGCUCCUUGGAACUCUCACCACCAAUGGCUCUCCACCCAAAAUUUGCGGGCCAGAAGUUAUUGGCAGUUACUAGCCAACAGCCACAGCACACACUUGAACUUUAUCUGGACUAUGUGUGUCCUGUGAGCCAGCGUUAUGGAACCUACUAUACUGUCGUGCGCAUGCUAAACCUUAUAUAUAGUUCUCCGCAAAGCUGUUCAAUACGUUCUACACCUCGGUCGUGCCUAUACUUGCAAGCCAAUACCAAACAAAACUGCAGGUUAUUUUUCGUCAGCAUAUUCAGCCUUGGCAUCCAUCGUCAACGUUGGUUCAUGAGGCAGGUGCAGCCGUUCUAAGGGUAGCACCCGGGAAAUUCUGGGAAUUCAGUGCUGCUUUGUUCAAACAACAGAAAGACUUCUUUGAUGUUAAUGUGGUCAACGAAACACGUAACAAGACAUAUGAAAGACUGGCAAGGAUUGCCGGAAGCGUUGGAGUGGAAGAGCAGGAGGUGCUCGACCUAUUGACCGUUAGCGACCAAGCUAGCCACGACGGGCACCUGAAUAUUGGUAACCGUGUCACCAAUGAUAUCAAGUUAAUGGU